UAACUUCACCUCUUCCUCCUUUAUUGGGUUUAGAAACAUUGUGUCCCUGCAGAUUAGCCAAACAGUUUACCAUCAAUUUCAUCCUUCUUAAUACCAAAGGGAUUAAACUAAAUCGAAAUCCAUUAUAGUAACUGUUAUAGGCUAUUACGAUAAAAUGUUAGCUAUAGUUACAACAUAUUUACAAAAAAGUUGAAACAACAACGUGAAACAAAGAAGGCUUGGGAAGUUGGUGUAGGCUACCCCACAUAUUGUUAACUCUCGGCCACUGAUUGUAAAACUGCUUGCCAUACAGAAUAUCAUAACGGUGGCGAUGUUGAGCUAGUAGCACAUCCCUGAGCGCUUACACAAUGUAAAGAACUAGACUACGAAGAAGAACCAAAAGCGGUGUGGUAGAAGCCAGUCUGAAGCGCUGGUAAGGGGUUUGGAUCUUUUCGAGAGCCUUGGCAAACUCAUAGGGAGGAGAAAACAUGGCGUGUAAUCUUACCGUAAACUCUAGCAACCCUCCUAUAGGGGCACUGUUGACAGCUGAGCAUGUCAAAAGCAUCAUGAACGUGUCUGUGGCAGAGGGCAAAGAGACCAAACUCCAUAUUUCAGAUUUAGUCCAGUUCAGUGAUGCUAACUCCAUCAUGCGCUACCUGGCCCGUGCAGCUCCCAGCAUGGGCCUGUAUGGCUCCAACAUAAUGGAGCACACUGAGGUGGACCACUGGCUGCAGUUCGGUGCUAGCCGUGUUUGUGGUCAGUCUAGGCUAGCAGUAGCCCUGGCUGAGCUGGACAAGGCCUUGGCGCUGCGGACCUUCCUGGUGGGGCACAGCCUCACCCUGGCAGACCUGAGUGUAUGGGCAUCACUUAAAGGGAAUGCUGAGUGGCAGAGCCAGGUUAAGUCCUUCUCUCAUGUGAGACGCUGGUUCUACUUCCUGGGAUCUCAGGAGCCUUUUUCCUCUGUGGGAAACAAGUGGGCCAGCAGCAAGCCCCCCACAUGCAGCUCUUCGGAGGAGAAGGAAAAAAAGCAGGACCUGGGGAAGUUUGUGGAACUGCCUGGAGCUGAGAUGGGCAAGGUGGUGGUUCGUUUUCCCCCAGAGGCCAGUGGAUACUUACACAUUGGCCAUGCUAAGGCAGCCCUGCUCAACCAGCACUACCAGGUCACCUUCAAAGGCAAACUCAUCAUGCGCUUUGACGAUACCAACCCCGAGAAGGAGAAGGAGGACUUUGAGAAGGUAAUCCUGGAGGAUGUGUCCCAGCUCCAGAUCAAGCCAGACCAGUUCACCUACACCAGCGACCAUUUCCCGAAGAUCCAAAACAUGGCAGAGAAGCUGCUGAAGGAGGGCAAGGCCUACAUAGAUGACACGGCCCCGGAGCAGAUGAAGCAGGAGAGGGAGCAGCGUGUGGAGUCCAAACACCGCAGCAAUUCGGUGGAGCAGAACUUGAAGAUGUGGGAGGAGAUGAAGGCAGGGACAGAGUCUGGACAGAAAUGCUGCAUGAGGGCCAAGAUCGACAUGUCUUCCAACAAUGGCUGCAUGAGGGACCCCACUCUGUACCGCUGCAAGAACACCCCCCACCCCCGUACAGGAAGCACCUACAGAGUGUACCCCACCUACGACUUUGCGUGCCCGAUUGUGGACAGCGUGGAGGGGGUGACCCAUGCCCUGAGGACCACGGAGUAUCACGACAGAGACGACCAGUUCUACUGGAUGAUCGACGCCCUGGGCAUCAGGAAACCCCACAUCUGGGAGUACGCCAGGCUCAACCUCAACAACACCGUGCUCUCCAAGAGGAAGCUCACCUGGUUCGUGGACCAAGGCUACGUGGACGGAUGGGACGACCCCCGGUUCCCCACCGUUAGAGGAGUCCUCCGCAGGGGCAUGACUGUCGAGGGCCUCAAACAGUUCAUUGCAGCCCAGGGUGGAUCCAGAUCAGUAGUCAACAUGGAGUGGGAUAAGAUCUGGGCUUUCAACAAAAAGGUGGUUGAUCCAGUGGCCCCCAGAUACACAGCACUAUCAGGGUCCUAUGUGGUUCCUGUCUCCAUCCCAGAGGCCCAGGAAGAGAUGAAGGAAGUGGCAAGACACCCCAAGAAUACUGAGGUGGGGAUGAAGGAGGUGUGGUAUGGGCCCAAGGUGCUGGUGGAGGGGGCAGACGCCGAGACCUUCCACGAGGGGGAGACGGUCACCUUCAUCAACUGGGGCAACAUUGUCAUCACCAAGAUCCACAAAGACGCGAGUGAUAAGGUGUCGUCCAUGGAGGCCCGUUUGGACCUGGAAAACCGUGACUACAAGAAGACCACCAAGAUCACCUGGCUGGCCGAGGCAGACCGCGCCCCUCUACUCCCCACCGUGUGCGUCAACUACCAACACCUCAUCACCAAGCCUGUCCUGGGGAAGGAUGAUGACUUCAAGGCCUACAUUAACCACCACAGCAAGCUGGAGGAGAAGAUGCUGGGAGAUCCCUGCCUGAAGAGCCUGAAGAAGGGAGACAUCAUUCAGCUACAGAGGCGGGGCUUUUACAUCUGUGACCAGCCCUAUGAACAAGUCAGUCCCCACAGCUGUAAGGAGAGCCCCUGUGUGCUAUUCUACAUUCCUGAUGGACACACCAAGGAGAUGCCCACGGCUGGCUCCAAGGACAAGACCAAGGGCCAGGUCUCCUCCACACCUGUUUCCAAAUCCAAGCCAGCCCCAGCCCCAGGGGGAGAUGUGUUUUCCAGCGUUGCUGCCCAGGGCGAGGCCGUUCGUCUCCUCAAGGCGGCCAAGGCCCCCAAGGAGGAGGUGGACAAGGCCGUACAGCAGCUUCUCACUCUCAAGGCCCUGUUCAAGCAGCAGACAGGCCAGGACUACAAGCCUGGCAUGGCUGCUCCUCCCAGCUCCAGCCCCGCCCCACCCACCCCUCCCUCAAACUCAGUCUCCUGUCCAUUUGCUUGUGUGGUCGAGCAGGCGGAGCUAGUCAGGAAGCUAAAGGCUGAGAAGGCUCCUAAGGACCAAGUGGAUGCUGCAGUCAAGCAGUUGCUAGCUCUCAAAGCAGAGUUCAAACAGCUGACUGGCCAGGAGUACAAACCAGGGAUGGCCCCCCCAGCCACCAGCUCAACCCCAGUUCCAGCUCCUGUGCAGGCCCCCCCAGUCUCAGGGUCCACAGACCUGUAUGAGAGGGUGACUCAGCAAGGGGACCUGGUCAGGAAGCUGAAGACCGAGAAAGCCCCGAAGGACCAGGUUGAUGCAGCAGUAAAGCUGCUGCUAGCUCUGAAGGCAGAGUACAAGCAGGCCACUGGCCAGGACUACAAGCCUGGAGCUGCCCUUACUUCUGCCCCUGCACCUAAAUCUGCCCCUGUCCAAACUGCUCCUGCAGCAGGCUUGGACAUCUAUGAGCGUGUGUCUCAACAGGGGGAGCUAGUGAGGAAGCUGAAAGCAGAGAAAGUUUCCAAAGACCAGGUUGAUGCAGCAAUAAAGCUUCUGCUAGCCCUGAAGGCAGAGUACAAGCAGGCCACUGGCCAGGACUACAAGCCUGUAGCUGCCCUUACUUCUGCACCUAAAUCUGCCCCUGUCCAAACUGCCCCUGCCCCUGCAGCAGGCUUGGACCUCUAUGAGCGUGUGUCUCAACAGGGGGAGCUAGUGAGGAAGUUGAAGGCAGAGAAAGCUCCCAAAGACCAGGUUGAUGCAGCAGUAAAGCUGCUGCUAGCUCUGAAGGCAGAGUACAAGCAGGCCACUGGCCAGGACUACAAGCCUGGAGCUGCCCCUACUUCUGCCCUUAAAUCUGCCCCUGUCCAAACUGCCCCUGCCCCUGCAGCAGGCUUGGACAUCUAUGAGCGUGUGUCUCAACAGGGGGAGCUAGUGAGGAAGCUGAAAGCAGAGAAAGCUUCCAAAGACCAGGUGGAGGCGGCAGUGAAACAGCUUCUGGCUCUCAAAGCAGAGUACAAACAGCAAACAGGACAUGACUACAAACCUGGACUACAAGCUCCAGCAGCCCCUGCUGAGGCUAGUCCCACCCAGUCCGCACAAGGCCCCUCUCCCCAGUGCAAGGAGUUGUUCUCCCAGGUUUCCCAACAGGGGGAGCUAGUGAGGAAGCUGAAAUCAGAGAAGGCUCCCAAGGACCAGGUGGAUGAGGCGGUGAAGACCCUUCUGUCCUUAAAGAACCAGUACAAAGCCCUUACUGGUGAGGACUACAAACCACUGUCGACCACUGGCACACCUGGUGCCGAGGACAAGAACCGCAAAGAGCGUGAAAACAAGACCGAGAAGCAGGGAGGAGGAGGGAAGAAGGGGAAGGGAGACAAGCCCAGUCAGGGGAAGGAGGCAUUGGUAGGAGGAGGAGCAGGAGAGGGCCAGGCACCCAAGAAACAAACCAGGUUGGGUCUGGAGGCUAAGAAGGAAGAGAACUUGGCAGACUGGUACUCUCAGGUGAUCACCAAGGCUGAGAUGAUCGAGUACUAUGACGUGUCUGGCUGCUACGUGCUGAGACCCUGGUCCUUCUCCAUCUGGGAGGCCAUUAAAGAGUUCUUUGAUCGUGAGAUCAAGAAGCUGGGUGUGGAGAACUGCUACUUCCCCAUGUUUGUCUCCCAGGCCGCUCUUGAGAAGGAGAAGUCCCACAUUGAGGACUUUGCACCUGAGGUUGCCUGGGUAACACGGUCAGGAAAAACCGAGCUAGCUGAGCCCAUCGCUGUCCGACCUACCAGCGAGACAGCCAUGUACCCAGCCUAUGCCAAGUGGGUCCAGUCCCACAGAGACCUGCCCAUCAAGCUGAAUCAGUGGUGCAACGUGGUGAGGUGGGAGUUCAAACACCCCCAACCCUUCCUGAGGACCAGGGAGUUCUUGUGGCAGGAGGGACACACAGCAUUCGCCACCAAGGAGGAGGCAGCCGAGGAGGUGUUACAGAUCCUGGACCUGUAUGCAAGGGUGUACGAGGAGCUGAUGGCCAUCCCAGUAGUGAAAGGCAGAAAGACAGAGAAGGAGAAGUUUGCAGGCGGAGACUACACCACCACUGUGGAGGCCUUUAUCUCAGCAAGCGGCAGAGCCAUCCAGGGUGCCACCUCCCAUCACCUGGGUCAGAACUUUUCCCGCAUGUUUGACAUUGUGUUUGAAGAUCCUAAGAAGCCCGGGGAGAAGCAGCUGGCCUUCCAGAACUCCUGGGGGAUCACCACAAGGACCAUUGGCGUUCUGACCAUGGUCCACGGAGACAACAUGGGUCUGGUUCUGCCACCAAGGGUAGCAUGUCUGCAGAUCAUCAUUAUCCCGUGUGGCCUCACAGCCUCCCUCCCCGAGGCUGAGAAGGAGGCUCUCUUGGCCCAGUGUUCCAAGUACCUGGCUCGUCUACAGCAGGCCCAAAUCCGCGUCAAGGCCGAUGUCAGGGAUAACUACUCCCCUGGUUGGAAGUUCAACCACUGGGAGCUCAAGGGUGUGCCUAUCCGACUUGAGGUGGGUCCUAAGGACAUGAAGCAGCAGCAGUGCGUGGCGGUGAGGAGAGACACUGGGGAGAAGAUCACCAUGCCUGAGUCCGAGACAGAGAAGAGGCUCCCCCUGCUGCUGGAGGAGAUCCAGAACAACCUGUACACUCGGGCAUCAGCUGACCUGAAGCAGCACAUGGUGGUAGCAGACACAAUGGAACAGUUCCAGAAGGACCUGGACCAGGGCAGGAUUGUCCAAAUCCCCUUCUGUGGAGGUAUUGAGUGUGAGGACUGGAUUAAGAAGACCACAGCUAAGGACCAAGACCUUGAGCCUGGGGCCCCCUCAAUGGGAGCAAAGAGCCUGUGUAUCCCCUUCAAUCCCCUGAGGACCCUGCAGCCUGAACAGACCUGCGUCAGCGGCAAGGAGCCCGCAAAGUACUACACCCUUUUUGGACGCAGCUACUGAGGUGGAGGAGAGAGAAUGAAUGGAUGGAUGAUCUCAAUAGGCUCUUGUGGUGUACUUUCCACUUCUAUCCUAUUGGUUUAGUUAUUUUAUAUGGAUGUUGAUACAGAAGGGAGUCAGUGUCGGGGUGUCUUGUUUUCAUCAGCACAAGAUUUAUGGGAAAAUAAAAGUAAAUAUUAGCUUUUAUAGAUUUUUGUUUUCUGUUUCUGGUGAAUGAGAGGAAGCCAGGGAAGAAAUCCACUAGAGGCUAUUGGGACUCACUAAUGAGAAAAAAAUAAUUGUCGCACUCGACUCAAUUUACUUUUCCCUGUGUUCGUUAGUCACUGCAAUUAAAUAAUCACCCGGUCUCUCUAGCAAGCAGUAAACGUUUAUAGCUUGCCAGAGAGACUGGGGUAACUUACUGUCCUCAAUUUUUAUAACUGGUGAUCUGACCUGUAGCCUCAACCACUUUAACCCUAUCCCCUUCUAAAUAUCUCAGGACCUUCAGAAGGACACAAACACAAAGUUUCCCUGACACAAAUAAGGUAGAGCACUAGGCCCAGGUCAUAUUCAAUCAUCUCUGUCCUUCCUCUUUUCCCUUCAGUCUUCCUUGGAGAAAUUACUGCUCCGGUGUAGGUGGAUUGGUGGUUGGAGUGUCACGGAUCUUUUAAUUUGUUUGCGUUUUUAGUCAAGAUUUUAUCAGAGAAAUGGUUGGAAGGUGUCUGCGUUAUUUAGAUUGGGACCUAAAACAGAAUUGUACAUCAAGGGAGAUUAUCCAUUGAUUUUGGGGCCUUGGCUUUAUCUGUGUAUGAAACUUGAUGCUCUCAGUGCCUGUUGUAACAACCCCUUUAGUUUACUAUGACAACCGUUUGACUGAUGGGUGGGGUGCACUGGGUAAUAGGGACUGUAUCUACUUCAUCUGAAUCCACCUAACUCAUAGGAAUUCUCCAAACAUGUAAUUAUGUAAUAUCAUUAAUUACUGUAUAUGUUAAUAUGCUGUACUGUUGAAUUCCUCAUGGCUUUUUCCUGUGAAUUGCUGAACUUGUCUACAAAUAAAGGGUAUUUGAAAUUGC